AGUAUACCCAAACCAUGGCUGGAAAAGACCCAUCCGAGCCAAGAGGAGAACUCACACUUGAAAGAAAUUUGGAACAAGAAGUAAAAGGAGAGGAUUUAAUACGGCAAUUCAUAUAUGAACGUCUUAAAGACCAAGGAGGUUGGCAAGGGUUUCACUUGCAUUACGACAGCUCGGCGAUGAACAUGAAGCUGUAUUAAGAAGAGGGUUUCUCACACCGCUAUCAGGUGUACCAGGAAAAGGCAGAUCAGCUCUAAUACCACAAUUAGGUGUAGAGGACGUAGGUCUGUUGAUGUACCUAUAUUACCGUUACAGAAUCUGGUCAGACAAUAGAAAGACAGAGGGAUACAGCCUUGAUGACUUGAUUGAUCGGUUUGCUUCCAUCGAAACAUCAACAGAGAAUUUCUUGCUGCUUUUCUUGGUGAAAGUUUUGUAUGGUCUGCCUAUCCAGAAGUAUGUCAUGCAUAUGGUAACAUGUUUAAUGGUUCAGUGGCUAAUGUUCACAAGACGGAGAGAAGAAAGGAGAACAAAUCAGAGAAGAAAUACAGAGGUAGAAAGAGAAAGUAUUGAUGUUAAUGAAGCUCAAUGGGAAUUCAUAACAGACACUCCCCGAGAGCUGGUCCUCCAAGAGAAUGAAGCAAUUAUUUCAUCAGGGGUCAAAUUCUCACCAUCCGGUGCUAAACUCAGCAAACCUCUCAAGGUCACAUUGGACCACAAUGCAUAUUUCUCUCAUCCAACACGUGCAGAAAUUGUCUUCUACACACGCAGCAAUGAUUCGGAAUCUUUUGAAAAAAUCUCUUCAUCUAUCAACGGUUAUCCACGUUGUGAGGUCAGGACCAAGGACUUGGAUUUCUUUGUUGAUCAUUUCUCAGAGUGGUGGAUCGUCGCCGUUUUUACCCGCUAUUUUAUCGGGAAGAGGAUCAAUUGCACGCCGUUCUUUCGCCCACCUGCGACAAAGGGUUUCUCCCAUAUUAUGAUUCUAUGCUUGUAUGAUGACCUUACAGAAGUUAUUAAGAAAGUAAAAGAAGAAAUGUCAGAGUACAGAAAGCUGUUUCCUCCCCAACCCAUGUUCAUAGAAUGGAAGUGUGGAGAUAUCAACAUCGAGCUGUUAGAGGGCCCGAAGGAUAACGAAAAGAAAAUUGACGAGGCGCAUAUAGAUGAACAAGAUUUUCAACGACUUGAUAGGAGACAACUCACCUUCGAUGUCAUGUCAUCGGUGACGGACCCAAGUCAGAGGUUCUUUAGAUUCAAGUUAAAACAAGACAGGUCACUCUCAUCUUCUACAUUGCUUCGAUUCAUCUUGCCAUAUGACGGUACGUACUUAUUGAAUAUCUUCAAUGUAAUUCUUUCCUUUUUGACUAAAGAUCCGGCAACUACAAUGGCAGCAGUGUCAGCAAGAGCAAAACCAGCAGCAAUGACAUCAGCAAUAACAACUGCACCAGCAACAGCUUUGACUACAGCAUCCACUCCCGCAAUGGUAACAGCUGCAGCAACACCUGCAGAGUCUGAUCUGAAAGCGGACGCAAUACUGGACAGACUAGCCAAAUACGUACCUGUUGAUGCCUACACAACGUUGUGUAUCCACCUCGGUAUUGGGUUCAACGAAGCUGAAGGAAUCGCAGAUAGGUUCAACAGAGACUACCAAAGAGCUAUGAGGUACUGCUUUGCCCAGUGGAAAACAAAAACAGGUGGUGAUAUGGAAGAACUCAAAGAUAUACUUCAAGAGGCCGAGAUUGGGGAUUUAGUGAAGUAUAUACACUGAUGGUACAUGGUUUCAACCGAUGCAACAGUUGUCAAUUGGUGCAACAUGCAGUGACCCUCAGAGAACUAUGAGGUACUGCUUUGCAUAGUGAAAUACAAAAGCCAGUUACGAUAUAGAAGAGCUAAAAGUUAUACUUCGAGGCUGAGAUUGGGGAUUUAGUCAAGUAUACAUACUUAUGGUGCUUCAAGCAGCACAUCGGUGUCAGCUGGUGCAACAUGCAGGUAAUCCCGGAGAGCUACAAGCUACAGCUUUGCACAGUAGAAGACAAAUAAGCGGUUGUGAUAUAGAAAAGCUCAAAGACAUAUUUCAAGAGGCUGAUAUUGGGAAUGUAGUGAGGUAUAUACACUGAUGAUGCUUGUGGUUUCAACCGUUGUCAUGUUAAGGUGAAAAAAAAACUACUGAGAUUAUAUUUGGUACAAUGGUUACAGUGAAAGACAAAAACCAGUCGCGAUAUGGAAGAGCUCAUAGUUAUACUUCAAGAGGCUGAGAAUGUAAAAUGAAUGGAUGUAUAAUGAAGGAAUCGUCGAGUUUACAUGUAUACACUGAUGGUGCAGUGGUCCCAGUCUGUGUCAUUGGAAAAAGUGGACUAAAUGUCUGUUUAGAAUAUUUCAUAUAGUACAGCAUGUAUGAUGGAAGAUUCAUAGAGAUAAUAAGUGCUGAUGGUGCAAACAGAGCUGCCAAGAAGUACUGAUUUUCAGUAUUUAGUACUGAAGAGUACUGAGAAGAAUACUGUUAGUUUCUUGUUAAAUACUGAUUUCUAAAGUGAGUCAGCUGUAUGUGUGGUCCUAUGGUAUUUUUUUAAAAUACCGAUUUCCUCACUGAAAUACUGAUUUUCAGCUUCGAAAAUACUGAAAUGUUCUUUUUCUGGUUGGCAGCUCUGUGCAAAUAUUUUGAUGGGUGGAGCGUGCAGAGAUUUGAUUUUGAUUUAAUGAGGAAUUUAACAUAAAUGCCUUUAACAAGGAGAUGGAUGUGUUUACAUCUUAAUUAUUUUGAACUUUCUGAAAAAAAUCAGUACUUCAAGCCUUUAAACUAUAAAUAAUGUAGGUUUGUAUGUUUGAUUAAGGAUGUAGAUGCCUUUUUAAUCUGAAAUUCAACAUGUACUUAUCUAUGUGCCUUGUCUUAGAAAGGGUUAUUUUAUAUUCAAAAUGCAAAUUUUAAUGUACACAGUAAAUAAUAUUUUUACAUUCGUCAUUUUCUCUUCAUGACCAACUGCUCCAAUUAUCUUGGUAUAAGAAUUUUGUUAAAUGAUAUGAAUACAUGUAUCAAUAUCAGAAUCCCGGAAAGCACCACUUAAAUGUACACACAAGAGAUUUAUAGAUAACUCUACCAAAGCCUAAUUAUUGGCUUACAAACACCAGCAAAUAGAGAAUACUAAAUAAACCAAUAAUGUGUAAUUAUCAAAUAUUUAUUAAUGUGAUAGAUUGAUGUUUUAUGAAACAAGUAUAUUGUGGUAUCCUUUGCAAUACACCAAGAGAUUGAGUAAUGAUGUAUAAAACAGCCCAAUAGUAUGAUAUUUAUUUUUAAGUAUGGUAUUUAUUUAUAGAAAUAAUCAUGUGACACAUAAUUAGCCAAACUGUGAAUAUAACCAUAUAAAUCAUGAAAACACUAAUUAUAAUUGUACUUAAAGAUGAAUAAACACUGAUUUCACGA